AUUUACUAUACACUCCUAGCUUCAACAACCUUGCUAGACACCUUUGCAACAGGUUACCACAAUCAUCAUGAGCGCUCAGGACAUUCAUGGCAGUGGUGGAGAGCCUAUUGCAGUCGUUGGAAGUGGUUUCCGAUUUCCAGGCUCUGCGAGCAGUUCAUCAAAGCUUUGGGAGCUUCUGCUCAAGCCACGAGAUCUUCUCACCAAGAUACCUGAAAGCCGUUUCAAUCCAGAGACAUUCUACCAUCCGAAUCCGUCUCAUCAUGGAACAACAGACGUCAGGGAGUCCUACUUCCUUGAGGAAGACCACCGUCACUUUGAUGCUGGUUUCUUCAAUAUCAAGCCUGUAGAAGUGCAUGCGAUUGAUCCACAGCAGCGUCUGCUCAUGGAAUCAGUCUACGAGUCGCUGGAGGCAGCGGGCAUAUCGAUUGAGUCUUUAGCCGGUUCUCAAACUGGAGUUUAUGUUGGAUUGAUGUGUGCCGACUACGUCGACCACAUAAACAGCGAUAUGAAUUCUCUGCCAACCUACACUCCGACAGGAAAUGCACGCAGCAUCAUGUCUAACCGCAUCUCGUACUUUUUCGACUGGCAUGGGCCCAGUAUGACAAUUGAUACGGCCUGUUCGUCCAGUUUGGUAGCUGUGCACCAGGCAGUUCAGUUGCUGCGGAGUGGUGAUUCGGAUGUUGCAGUUGCAGCCGGAGCCAAUCUUAUUCUCGGUCCUCUGCAAUACGUCGGCGCCAGCAAGCUACACAUGUUGUCGGCAGACAGUCGCUCUCGUAUGUGGGAUGUCAAUGCCACUGGAUAUGCUCGCGGUGAAGGUGUCGCGAGUGUAGUCCUGAAGCGUCUCAGUUCUGCGAUUGCAGACGGCGACAAUAUUGAGUGCAUUAUCCGGGAGUCUGGCAUCAACCAAGAUGGUCGGACGAAAGGUAUAACGAUGCCUAGCUCUGUUGCACAGGCAGAUCUCAUCGAAAAGACCUAUGCAAAGGCCGGCUUGGACCCAAGAGACCCCCGCCAACGAUGUCAGUAUUUCGAAGCGCAUGGCACCGGCACUGCAGCAGGUGAUCCAAAGGAAGCUGAAGCCAUUAGUAAAGCUUUCUUUCACCCAGGCGAGCGUAUUUCAGAAGAUAGCGAUCCACUCUAUGUUGGCUCUAUAAAGACCGUAAUUGGUCAUACCGAGGGGACUGCAGGAUUAGCAGGCCUCCUCAAAGCUUCGCUGGCAGUCCAGCAUGGCAUUAUCCCGCCCAACAUGCUUUUCAACACGCUUCAUCCUGCUAUAGAGCCAUUUUACACCAACCUUGAGAUAUUGGCAAGUCCAAAGCCCUGGCCCAAGCUAGAGGAAGGUGUUCCCCGUCGUGCUAGUUGUAACAGUUUUGGGUUUGGAGGAACUAAUGCGCAUGUCAUCAUCGAGAACUUUGUCCCGUCGCCCACAACUAUCAAUGAAGUUGCUCCUAUACGCCAAUUUACUCCAUUCAAUUUUUCGGCUGCAUCGGAGAAGUCGUUGACAGGAAUUCUAACCGACUAUGCGGAAUAUCUUCGAAUUCGCCCACAAACCAGUCUUCAAGACCUCUCUUAUACAUUUUAUGCUCGGAGAAGUGAACAUACUGUCAGGACAAGCAUCUCAGCAAAAUCGGCACCAGAUCUCUGUGCAAAGAUCGAUGAGCUCCUUCGGAGCAAUGGCAACGUCGGAGUACGUUCAAAAGCACUCUCAAAUCCAACUCGCAUCCUCGGCGUAUUCACGGGUCAAGGCGCGCAGUGGGCAACUAUGGGUAGAGAGUUGAUUCUGAAUUCUCCAUAUGCCAAGAAAACCGUCCAGGAAUUGGAUGCGAUGCUUCAGAAGCUACCCGAAGCAGAGCGACCUGCAUGGUCAUUGAUGGAUGAACUUACGUGUGAUGCUUCUCAAUCUCGUCUUGAUAAGGCUGUUGUUGCGCAGCCUCUCUGCACUGUGAUUCAAGUCAUAUUAUAUGAUCUUCUCAGCAGCGCAGGCGUGAGAUUUCAGGCGGUUGUUGGUCAUUCAUCAGGAGAGAUUGCUGCGGCUUACGCUGCCGGUCACAUCACCCGAGAAGAAGCUGUCAAAAUCGCCUAUUACCGAGGAUACUUUACAAAUCUUACACCAUCUGACCGACGCGGAGGUAUGAUGGCCGUUGGAACAUCCGUGGACGAUGCCAACGAACUGUGCAAUCUUCCAAUGUUUCACGGGCGGUUGAGUGUCGCUGCCAUCAACUCAUCCUCCAGUAUCACGAUUUCGGGGGAUCGCGAUGCCAUUGAACAGGCUAAAGAAAUUCUUGAUGACGAGAAAAAGUUUGCCAGGAUAUUGAAAGUUGACAUGGCAUAUCACUCUUCACAUAUGAUUCCUUGUGCGAAGGGAUAUGUCGAAGCACUGAAGUGUUCCGGCAUUAAGCCCCAACCGGCAACGAACGGCUGUAAAUGGCUGUCCAGUACCUACGAGAACAGAGAGAUGCAUGCGGACGAAGACUUGGCGGGACAAUAUUGGGCAGAAAACAUGGUCCGACCUGUUCUGUUCUCGCAUGCAGUUGAAUCGGCUACAUCUACAGGAGAUGCCUUUGAUAUUGCAAUCGAGGUGGGCCCCCACCCAACACUGAAGGGCCCUGCACUACAGACUCUCCAGGAAUUUCAGAAAGAAGCUAUUUCCUAUACGGGUCUCUUAUCUCGGGGAAAAGACGAUGUCGAGUCUUUCUCCAACGCUCUAGGCUACCUUUGGUCUCAAUUUUCUUCUUCGAUAGUAGACUUUGGUCGAUUUGAUUUCCUAGCAACGGGACACAAGAAUAGGAACUUCAUCAACAAUCUUCCAACCUAUCAUUGGGACCACGAAAAGCUCUUUUGGCAUGGAUCUCGGACAUCCAAAGCCUUCCUCAACCAGAAAAAUAUUCCGAAUCCACUCCUUGGCUCAAGGACAACAGACCUUAUGGAGCAAGAAAUCAGAUGGAGGAAUAUACUUCGCCUUAGUGAACUUCCUUGGGUCCGAGGCCAUCAGCUUCAGGGACAAGUCAUAUACCCAGCAACUGCGUACAUUUCAACUGCCGUGGAAGCUGCGAAGUUCCUGGCUCCCAACGAGAACAUUGCAGUCAUUGAAGUGAAAGACUUCAGUCUUGGCAAGCCCCUUGUUUUCAGAGACGAUGACGGGGGCAUCGAGACCGUCUUUACCUUGAGUGAAAUAACUAAAGAUGGUGGCAACAGUUAUUCGGCUUCGUUCACUUACCAUGCAUGUAGCAAUACGGACACUGAGCAAUUAUCAACCCAUGCAACCGGCAAAGUCAUCGUCACGACAGGUGAAACUUCUUCGCGAUGGCUCCCGUCUCGGAAGCCAGAUCUUCCAAAUCUCACCGACAUUCCAGUGGAGCGUUUCUUUUCCUCCCUGGAACCUUUGGGUUAUAACUACAGCGGACAUUUCAAAGCCCUCUCGUCUAUCAAGAGGACGCUAAACUUCUCCUCAAGCAACAUACGAGUACCUCCGCAAGACGACGAACCCGACCAAAUGUUGCUACAUCCAGCUCUGUUGGAUUCUGCCCUACAAGGAAUAUUCCUAGCCUACUGCUGGCCUGGUGACGGUAGCUUCGAGCAACUCCACGUUCCGACCGGAAUCAAGACUUUCCGCGUCAAUGUUGGCCUUUGCAAGCAGGAUAUCGUGCUGGAGACAAAUGUGGCGUCUUGUGCCCAGUUGACCGCAAACCCUCUCACUACGAAACAGCUGCAUGGAGAUGUUGAUAUCUACGCAAGCGACGGAACUGGUCUAGUUCAAUUUGAAGGAAUCAAGGUUGUCGCUUUUGCCGAGCCAACUGCAGACACUGAUACCCCGAUGUUUACCGAGCACGUGUGGGGCGUGGCUUCUCCGAAUGCUGAGCUUGCAAUGGGCGGCAAGAGAGCAACUGCGGAAGACUACGAAUUUGCUUACGCCAUGGAGAGAGUCGCUAUUAACUACAUGAAACAGAUAGUCACUCUCUUUCCAGAAGCUGACCGCAGGACCAUGGACCUGGAGUGGCACUUUCACUGCAUGUUUAACUGGUUCACUGACGUGCUUGCGACUAUUCAAGUGGGAACGAGACAAUCUGCUCAGAAGAAGUGGCUAGAAGACUCAGCAGAUGAUGUAGCAAGUGAGAAAGCUAAAUUCGCGAAUAGGGUUGACAUGCAGCUCGCCUGCGCUGUAGGCGACAACUUACCUGCUGUUCUUAGAGGUCAAACGACGAUCCUUGAGCAUUUAACCAAGGAUGGCUUGUUAGAUCGCUUCUACGAGAUUGGAAUGGGUCUGAAAGAGUUCUCAACCUUCCUCGGCAAGACUGUGAAACAACUUGUACAUCGCCAUCCUCGGAUGAAGAUUCUCGAAAUUGGGGCGGGAACUGGUGGAGCUACCAAAAUGAUCAUGGGAGAAAUUGGUCAAUCAUUCUCUGCAUAUACCUUCACGGAUAUCUCAACGGGAUUCUUUGAGACUGCCCAGGAGGUCUUUAGUUCCGUUGGAGAUAAGAUGAUUUUCAAGCCUCUCAAUGUUGAGAAGGAUAUCACGGAGCAAGGUUAUGAAGAGCAUUCGUAUGACCUCGUGGUCGCCUCGUUGGUUCUUCAUGCGACGGCCGAUCUCCAGCGAACUCUGAUGAACACGCGACGACUCUUGAAACCUGGCGGAUAUCUGAUCAUUCAAGAGGUCUCCAACAAUGAUGUGACUAGACAAGGAUUUAUGAUGUGUGCUCUGCCAGGUUGGUGGGUUGGUCAAGAUGAUGGCCGAAAGUUAUCGCCAUGUGUGUCAACGCCUGAGUGGCACAGACUGCUUCUUCAAAGUGGCUUCUCUGGUGUGGACUCUUCUACAACCGACGAAGAUGCGACCCCUUUUCCAUUAGCUGUUAUUGUCUCGCAAGCUGUCGACGAUCGCAUCGCCUUACUCCGUGAACCACUUUCCUUGGGCAGUAUACAAGGAGCCGAUGAGUGGGACUUAGUGCUCAUUGGAGGUCAAACCUUGAGCUCCGCUCAACUUAUCGAUCAUAUCGUUGGACUGAUAAAGCCAUCAAACAUUCGACACACCGUCUUCAAGACGCUUGGCGACGUCGAUUCCUCGAAAAUCUCGACGAAAAGCGCGAUACUAUGCCUUACGGAUCUGGAUGAACCUGUCUUCAAGAGACUCUCGGAGAAGACGCUACAGGGCAUGCAGAGACUCUUCGAAACGCAAAGAAUCAUCUUGUGGAUCACACAAGGAUGCAGGGGAGAAGACCCAUAUAUGAACAUGGCAGUCGGGCUUGGCCGAAGCUUGGUCUUAGAAAAUCCCGACCUCGUCUUGCAAUUCCUUGAUCUGGAAAGUGGCGUUAAGCCCAAUCCUAGACAGCUUCUGGAAGCACUACUACGUCUACGUCAGAGCGAUUCCUGGGAGAAAGAUGGCCAGUUCGAAAAUGUCUUGUGGACAAAUGAGCAUGAGCUUGCCUAUGAAAAUGGCGAACUCAUGCUUUCUCGUGUCUACCACAGUACUGCCUUGAACGAUCGAUACAAUGCUUCCAAGCGAACGGUUGUCGAAACGGUAGACCCGCAUACUGUCCCAGUCAACCUCUCUGUUGGUGCCUCGAGACGGAAUCUGGUAGUCGAUGACUUUCUCGCUGCAGAAAUGCUCGAUCCACAAGCAUUGGUCGCUGACGCUAAAGUUCUUAUAAAAGUCAGUCAUUCACUUUUGAUGCCGGUGUUUACAACACCUCUUUCUCCAUCGUACUUGGUACUUGGUACCAGUGAAGCGACAGGGAAACCAGUCGUCGCAAUUUCGAGAAAUAACGGCUCCUAUGCCCUGGUUUCCAAGGAGGAAGUGCUGGAGAUCGAGCUUCCCACGGGCAAGGAGUCCGAGUUCUUGACCCAGUUGGACAUCAAGUUACAGGCCGAAAAUAUGCUCUCAGUCUGCCAGAGAGACUCGAUUCUACUCCUUCACGAGCCUUCCCUUGAAAUUGCAUCAAGCAUCGUUGAAUCCGCGUCAGACGGAAACAUCACCGUGUUUUUCACCACCUCGUCACCAACUCCAACCGAUAAGUCAUGGAUCAGGAUAGAUGCGUACUCUUCUAAAAGACUAAUCCAGUCCUCGUUGCCUGCUCGCGUCUCGGUCUUUAUUGACUGCUCAACGAGCGACCAAAACGGUCAAAAUGGUCCCUUGAUUGCAUCUUCUCUGCCCGGAUUAUGUCUUCGAACGACAAUUACUGGAAUUCAGGCACUACAGCAUGCUCGGAAUUUCUCUAUUGCCGCCUUGAGUCAAAAGUUUAAUGGUGCAGUGCAGCGAGCUUUAAGGGAUACUCUGAAGCCUAAUCAGUUGGUUUCGUUACCUUCCAUUGGAUUGGAGCAGUUGACUGGCCGAUCUGAAGCUAUACCAGCCAUUGUUGAUUGGAGCGCCAUAACAACAGGAGUUCCCGUCCAGGUAUCCACAGUUGACAGCCAGGUCAAUUUCAAGGGUGACAGGACAUAUGUAUUGUUUGGACUCACGAGUGAUUUAGCUCAGUCUAUCUGUGACUGGAUGGUAUCUCACGGUGCCCGAAAUAUGGUACUGACAAGUCGUACCCCCAAAAUCGAUGCUCAGUGGAUAGAACUGCUCGCAAAGGUUGGAGUAAGAGUGGAGAUAUUUGCAAAUGAUAUCACCGACAAGGAAGCGCUUGCUACGCUUGUCAAUCAAAUCCGCCAGAACUUUCCACCGAUCGCAGGCAUCGCUCAUGGUGCAAUGGUUCUCGACGAUAUCUCGUUCUUCGAGAUGCCCUUCGAAAAGAUGCACAAGGUUUUACAACCAAAAGUCAAAGGAGCUGUUCACCUCGACGAGCUUUUCCAAGACUCUUCUUUGGACUUCUUUGUCCUUUUCUCUUCCUCGACGGCCAUAGCCGGCAAUCGUGGGCAAUCCGCAUAUACCACCGCGAACAUGUUUAUGGCCUCGUUGGCGUCGCAAAGGCGGCGAAAAGGAUUAGCAGGUUCAAUCUUCCACAUUGGACCAGUCAUAGGUGUGGGAUACAUCAAUCGUGGAUUUCAGGAAUCGAUUUUCGCUGCCCUCCGGAAGAGUGGCUUCAUGUUGAUUGCAGAACGUCAAUUCCAUUUGUGCUUUGGCGAAGCGGUUCUAGCAUCACAUCCACUCUCUGGACGGACUCCCGAGGUUGUGACGGCACUAGAGACUUUCAAGUUGGGCGGCAAGAUUGCACCUGCAUGGACGAAGUUUCCACGAUUCCAGCACUGUCUUCAAUCAGACCAGGGAGGGGACAAAAAGGCGGAAAAGAAAAGCGCCGCUGUUUCUACCAAGGUCAGGCUGCUUGAAGCAACUACGGCGGAAGAUAUUCUGGAGAUUGUACAAGACGCCUUCUUCCUGAAACUUCAAGUCGCUCUUCAAAUUCCGCCUGAGACCGAAAAAUCUCAAGUUCUAUCUUCUGCAACAGAUGAUCUCGGGAUUGACUCGCUAGUUGCCGUCGAAAUACGCUCCUGGUUCCUGAAGGAAAUUGAGACCGACAUACCUGUCUUUAAGGUCUUGUCAGGAGGUUCAGUUACACAGCUGGUUGAGUACGCGAUUGAAAACAUGCCCUUUGGAUUGACUCCGAAUCGAGGCGAAUCCUCCGAGGUUUCAGCACCUGUUGCACCGGAUGCCCCUGUCGUAGCGAAGCCAACGCCAGAACCAGUUUCUUCGGCACCCAGUAGCCCGAAGAACAGUGCGGAGACUAGCCAGAUAGGCGACGAUCAAGACAAGGAAGACUCAUCUGCUACUUCUCUCAACGACGGUUCACAGACCAGCUUCGAGAAGAUUCUCCCAAUAUCUCCAGGCCAGUCAAGAUUCUGGUUUCUCAAACAUUUGAUGGAAGAUCAAACCACGGCAAACAACACCAUUUCCGUCUCCAUCAAAGGCACAAUUAGAAUUGACAGUCUUGCGAGUGCGGUACGAAAGAUUUCAGCCCGCCAUGAAGCGUUGCGCACUGCCUUCUUCAUCGACGAGAGCCAGAAACCCGUGCAAGCCAUAUCCGAAACAUCCCGCUUGUACUUAGAGAAAAUUGUCAUUACUGAUGAGUCUCAAGUCGCCCAAGAGUUUGAACGCCUCCGGAACCACGUUUACGAUAUUGAGCAUGGCGAAUGUAUGCGACUUAUCCACCUUAGCGCAAGUCCCAGAGAGAGUUUCCUCCUCGUCGGGUCGCAUCAUAUCAUCAUGGAUGGUAUCAGCUUAGAGGUUUUCUUAGAUGACUUACAAAAAGCCUACAGUCGUCAGAAUCUUUCGGAACCAGUCUAUCAAUACUCUGAUUACUCAGAGAAACUACGCCAAGAAAUUGCACACGGUGCAAUGCAAGAGGAGAUCAAGUACUGGAAGUCAGAAUUCGCGAACCCACCUGCACCUCUCCUGUUGCUCCCGUUCACCGCUACGAAGAAUCGCACGACGCUCACGGCGUAUCAACACACUUCUGUGAGUCGUAGCAUCGAUUCUAAACUCGCGAAGCAGAUCCAAGACACCUGCCACAAAUCGAAAGCGAACGUUUUUCAUUUCUAUCUAGGAGUAUUUGAGGUGUUAUUGUUCAAGCUCUUUGGCAAUAGCGAUGUUUGCAUCGGGAUGGCAGAUGCCAAUCGUUGGAACGAUCAAGUCGCCAAGAGUAUCGGAAUGUAUCUCAAUCUCCUUCCACUGAGAUUUCAUCUAGACGACAAGCAGUCCUUUGAAGGUGUUCUGAAAGACACCCGAAGGAAAGCUUAUCUAGCAAUGUCCAACUCAAGACUACCAUUCGAUAUCCUGCUUGACAACCUCGACUGCGAGAGGUCGACCGCUUACAGUCCGCUUUUCCAGGCAUUCAUCAAUUAUCGCCAGGGGGUCAGUGAGAGACGAACUUUUGACAAUGCUACGGGCACGACAAAGGACAUAUCCCUUCCGAGGGCUGGGUAUGAUUUGUCUCUGGACAUUAUCGAGAAUCCCGGAGCCGAUACUCGCAUAAUUUUCAUGUUGCAGAAACAGCUAUAUUCCGAAAACGAUACUGAGCGAGUGCUCGACAUGUAUCUCAAGCUCCUGGGAGAUUUCUCGGGCUCUUACAAUCGGAUACUACAAGAGGUCUCACUGUUUUCGAAGCAAGACAUUAGCAAUGCUAUUCGGCUUGGCCAAGGACCUGUUAUGCAUUCCAAGUGGCCGGAAACCUUGGCACACCGCAUCGACCAGAUGAUUGCAGAGCAUCCUGACAAAAUUUCCUUGCAGGAGACGAGUGGCAAAUCAUGGACAUACCAGCAGCUUGAUGCAAAAGUUAAUCAGAUAUCAUCUGCUUUGCUCCAUGCAAACAUAACACCACGAUCGGUUGUCGCGGUUUAUCAAGAGGCCUCACCCCACUUCGUCUUCUCCCUGCUUGCUAUCUUGCGAAUCGGGGCCACUUAUGUUCCACUUGACAGUACUAUUCCUCAAGCCAGGCUCUGUGUGAUACUUGCGGAGUGCAAACCUUCUGCAUUACUCGCAAAUGGCUCGACACUUGAUCAAAUCAGCAGCUUAGGACUUUUACCAUCCGUCAUCGUUUUCAAUGUCUCCAAUCUGCCCAAUGAAAAGAUCGCCACCCGCGCUGUUACUAUCAGUCCCAGCGACCCAGCUGCAAUACUUUUUACCAGUGGUAGUACGGGAGUGCCCAAAGGUGUUGUUCUAUCCCAUGGCAGCUUACGCAACCACUUGGAGGCCCUGACCGAAAGACAUGGCUUUGGAAUCGAAACAGUUCUGCAGCAAAGUUCAGUGGGCUUUGAUAUGUCUUUGAACCAGAUAUUCAUAGCUUUGUCUCAUGGAGGGACGCUUGUCAUCGUUCCUGAAGCUGUUCGCAAAGACCCAGUUGCUGUAGCCAAGAUUCUGCUGGAACAGAAAAUUACGUACACCAGUGCAACUCCAUCUGAAUAUCUUUCGUGGUUCCGACACGGCUACACCGAUCUUUUCCAGAGCAAAUGGUGGCGAUAUGCCACGGCCGGUGGCGAGCAGUUCUCGACAGAGCUUCUGCAUGUGUUUCGAUCUCUGAACGGCCAUUUCGAACAUCAACUCCACGCCUUCAAUGCAUAUGGCCCGACGGAAGGCUCAAUGUCCUCAAAUGAGUUGGAAGUCAGUCUGGACAAUUCAGAUAGCCAACACAUACCAGCUGGACGAGCUCUUCCAAACUAUGCUAUCUACAUCAUGGACGAAAGCUCGAAUCCUUUGCCAAUUGGAUUUCCCGGCGAAAUCUUCAUUGCCGGUGCGGGUGUGGCUAAGCAAUACCUCAACAAUUCCGACGAGACCAGAGAAAAGUUCUUGAAGGACCCUCAACCCACCUCGUUUGCUACGAAGAGGGGUUGGGACAGAAUGUACCGAACUGGAGAUAAGGGAAGACUCCUAUCUGAUGGUACUCUAGAGGUUCUCGGCCGCAUUGAAGGAGAUACACAAGUCAAGCUCAGAGGCCUUCGCAUUGAAAUGCGGGACAUCGAGCAGUCAAUCCUGGAGACUGCCAAGGGAGAAGUGACAGAAGUCAUUGUCACGCCUCGUGGAGACCCGAAAUUUCUCGUCGCUCAUGCCGUUCUAUCGCCAAGCGCUUCGAUGGGAAACGAGGGAGAGUUUCUUCGGCUAUUGUCCUCCUCCCUUCCCCUACCGCAGUACAUGCGCCCUGCGGCUAUCAUUGCAAUCGACUCCAUGCCACUGAAUUCUUCUGGAAAGAUCGAUAGACAAGCUCUUCAAAAGCUUCCGAUUCCAACCUCGUCAGAGAGAACACAUCCGGAAAGAGAGCUGACAGUGACGGAAUCCAAAUUAGUCCAGGUUUGGGAAGAAGUAUUGCCACAACAGAUGGCAGAUAUCCACACCAUUGAUGAAGCCUCGGACUUCUUCCAUGUCGGUGGCAAUUCGAUGCUUCUAAUCGAACUUAGAGAGCGUGUGAAGCAGAAGUUCCAGGUGGGCCUUCCAUUGAUCCGGCUCUUUGAACAUAGCACCCUAGGUGCCAUGGCAACAACGAUCCAAGAUCUUUCUGUUGGUAAAGCCACUGAGAUUAACUGGGAGAUCGAAACUGAAGUCCCGCACGACUUUUCGAGGCUCAAUUUACGACCGAUCUCAGUACGAAGCAAUCGAAGUCCUAGAACUAUCGUCCUUACCGGCUCCACAGGCUUUCUGGGUAACUACAUACUCCGGCUCCUGGUUGAGGCCCCUGGAGUGGAGAGAAUACACUGCAUUGCCAUACGCAACAGUGACAAGUUGGCAGAAUUUGCAGAUUCCGAGAAAGUCGUCGUACAUUAUGGAGAUCUGUCUCUCCCACGAUGCGGUUUAUCAGAUGUAGAGGCAGCUUCAAUCUUCGACGCAGCGGAUGCGAUCAUCCACAACGGUGCCGACGUCUCUUUUCUGAAGACCUACAGCUCUCUCAGGGUCCCCAAUCUCGGUUCUACAAAGGAACUUGUCAAGCUUGCUCUUCCACGCCAAGUUCCGUUCCACUUCAUUUCCACCGGAACAGUAGGGAAAUUGAGCAAGACAGAGUUUCUGGCUCCUGAAUCACUCGCAAAAUUCGUACCUGGUCCGUCGUUCGCCGAUGGUUACGCGGCAUCGAAAUGGUCAAGUGAAGUAUUCCUCGAGAAGGUACAUAAGCAACUUGGUCUUCCUACCUUCAUUCACCGUCCUUCAUCGAUCACUCGGAAUCAGGCAGGAGAAACCGACAUUGUAUCCAACGUGCUCAAGUUUUCGUCCAUAAUCAAGGCGCUCCCGGAAUCCAACCAAUGGACAGGCUAUGUGGAUCUUAUUAGCCUUGAGAACGCCGCAACUGGCAUCGUUGACUCUGUCUUGCAAGAGGACCCAGUCAAUGGCGCUAGGAAUAAUGUGGAGUACUUGCACCACGCAGGCGAGAAAGUGAUUCCAGCGAAAUCCAUCAAGGAAUUCCUGAGCGCCGAUCAGAGAAGUCGAUGGGAGUCUCUCUCAAUGCAGGACUGGGUGGACAAAGCCGUCCAGAAGGGCAUGAAUCCUUUGGUGGGCGAAUUUUUGCGUUCGGCAGAUAAGGGUCAAGGCCUACAAAUUGGACAGAAACUGUUACUGAAGUGAGCUUCAACACAAUAGACUCACAAACGUAUUGAUUUGGAUACCAUUGCUUGGGUUUUUGUCGUUGGGGAUGUUUUCGGCGUUUUCCUCCUUUUAGUCGGAAGUAAAGCUAGGCUGUCGUUCAUGGAUUAUAUAUCUCCUUCC